UUCUUGAAACAAAGAAAUUCAGAAUGGCCAUUGUUGAAAGAGAGGGUGGAAUUUGUAAGUCAAGAAACAGGUUAUUCCUGUUUGAGUGAGGAAAAGUUGGUUUGCCUGUCUGUGAUCUUUUUAUAAUCUUUUUCUACAUAAGAGAAAGUGGGUAAUUUUGUUUGAGAGUGGAAAUAUUCUAUAGUGGGAAUCUACUAGGAGUAAUUUAUUUUCUAUAAACUAAGCAAAGUUUGGAAGGUGACAAAAAGAAAGACAAAAAUCUUGGAAUUGUUUUAGACAACCAAGGUUUUCUUGCUCAGAAUGUCUGUUGCCUUGUUAUGGGUUGUUUCUCCUUGUGACGUCUCAAAUGGGACAAGUUUCAUGGAAUCAGUCCGGGAGGGAAACCGUUUUUUUGAUUCAUCGAGGCAUAGGAAUUUGGUGUCCAAUGAGAGAAUCAAUAGAGGUGGUGGAAAGCAAACUAAUAAUGGACGGAAAUUUUCUGUACGGUCUGCUAUUUUGGCUACUCCAUCUGGUGAACGGACGAUGACAUCGGAACAGAUGGUCUAUGAUGUGGUUUUGAGGCAGGCAGCCUUGGUGAAGAGGCAGCUGAGAUCUACCAAUGAGUUAGAAGUGAAGCCGGAUAUACCUAUUCCGGGGAAUUUGGGCUUGUUGAGUGAAGCAUAUGAUAGGUGUGGUGAAGUAUGUGCAGAGUAUGCAAAGACGUUUAACUUAGGAACUAUGCUAAUGACUCCCGAGAGAAGAAGGGCUAUCUGGGCAAUAUAUGUAUGGUGCAGGAGAACAGAUGAACUUGUUGAUGGCCCGAACGCAUCAUAUAUUACCCCGGCAGCCUUAGAUAGGUGGGAAAAUAGGCUAGAAGAUGUUUUCAAUGGGCGGCCAUUUGACAUGCUCGAUGGUGCUUUGUCCGAUACAGUUUCUAACUUUCCAGUUGAUAUUCAGCCAUUCAGAGAUAUGAUUGAAGGAAUGCGUAUGGACUUGAGAAAAUCGAGAUACAAAAACUUCGACGAACUAUACCUUUAUUGUUAUUAUGUUGCUGGUACGGUUGGGUUGAUGAGUGUUCCAAUUAUGGGUAUCGCCCCUGAAUCAAAGGCAACAACAGAGAGCGUAUAUAAUGCUGCUUUGGCUCUGGGGAUCGCAAAUCAAUUAACUAACAUACUCAGAGAUGUUGGAGAAGAUGCCAGAAGAGGAAGAGUCUACUUGCCUCAAGAUGAAUUAGCACAGGCAGGUCUAUCCGAUGAAGAUAUAUUUGCUGGAAGGGUAACCGAUAAAUGGAGAAUCUUUAUGAAGAAACAAAUACAUAGGGCAAGAAAGUUCUUUGAUGAGGCAGAGAAAGGCGUAACAGAAUUGAGCUCAGCUAGUAGAUUCCCUGUAUGGGCAUCUUUGGUCUUGUACCGCAAAAUACUAGAUGAGAUUGAAGCCAAUGACUACAACAACUUCACAAAGAGAGCAUAUGUGAGCAAAUCAAAGAAGUUGAUUGCAUUACCUAUUGCAUAUGCAAAAUCUCUUGUGCCUCCUACAAAAACUGUCUCUCUUCAAAGAUAAAGCAUGAAAUCAAGAUAUAUAUAUAUAUAUAUAUAUAGCAAUAUACAUUAGAAGAAAAAAAGGAAGAAGAAAUAUUGUUGUAUUGAUAUAAAUGUAUAUCAUAAAUAUUAGGUUGUAGUAAAAUUCAAUAUAAUUAUCUCUUGUAGUUGUUGUAUCUUCUCUUUAUCUCAAAUCCUUUUGAGAGAAAACUUUUCGUAGUUAUCUGCUCUGCACUUGUGAGCACGAUAAUUGAUAUACCAAAUUCAUUUUUGAUUCUAUGGAGAAAUUUGUUAUUA